AUGAGCAGAUCCAUCGGAAAGAGAGUGGUAGGUUUUCAAUGAUUUGCUGUCGUUAGACAAUUGCCUGCUAGAAUCGACACCUUACGAAGGGAUGGAUAUGAAAAAUACAUACACGGUUGCUAAUAUAAUGAAAGGUAAAAAAGAACAGAAGAUGAGAAAGCUUCUUUAGAAAGCUCUAGCAUUUCUAUCGGCCUGUGACCUCGAGUCUUUCCCGCCAUUUUUUUGCAUUUUUGCUGUGCAAGAACGUAACAUGUUCAUGCAGAAUUAUAGUACUGUAACUUAAAAUCAAAAGGGCACAAAACUGUUAAGUUUGAUCAAGUAGUGUGAUCGUCCGGUUGAGAUCAUUUUUCCUGUUUCAUUUUUCCUGUUUCAUUUUUGGUGUAAAUGUCGUGAAUGAGUCGUUUGAAUGGUGCUGGUAGGUUUUGAAAGCUGACUGGAGGAAAUUCUGUUCUCAGUUAUCAGUUAGUGAACCAGCUUUUCAGAGUCAGUGGUUGAAAUAGUUAUUGCAGUACACUGUAGGUUAGGCAUGGUGCAGAGUCCUAGUAAAUUGCAUGGCUUAUAAGUUGUUGAUGUUCAACGAAUGGAUUGUUGAUAUAAUUAUUUCUAUCACUCUUUUGUCAGUGUUGUUGUGAGGUUGCUGUUAGUCUCUACAAUGUCAGAGGGUAGGCAGUCAUAGCACUUUAUCUUAUAAACUGCCCCUUGUUUGUUCUACUAUUCGUCACUGUCUUGACAUUGGUUAGCAACUGACAUAGUACAGUGAUGGGUUUGUGGGUAAUGUACUUAUUUAAGGGGUGUAGGAUGUGCAACUAAAUAUUGCUGAUGCAUGAAAACUGACUAAUCAAUACACACUAACUAACCAACUUUCUCUUGUAGCCAAAAUGUCACUCCUAAAAUGACCAAUCAGUUUACAACAUUUGAUCUUCAAAGAUUGUUAAAAAUUUCAAUGAUUCUUUAUUUUGCUAAGUAAUGUGUUCAGCGAGUGUGUAUGUUAGCCAUACUGUACAUCUGCUAUGCAAAUUUAAUUCAUCUAACUUAAUUCAGCUCCCUGUCAUUUUUAGCUGCUUUUUGGAUUGUAUUAGGAAGUUGGUACCCUCCAGUUAUCAUGAUUUUAAUUAAUUAUUCUUUUCCAUUUAAUGAGGCCUUUCAUGGGAGUUUUAGGUGUCACCUUGUCGCUUGUUUACCAACACUCCUGUCUGCUAUUUGGUCAGGGACAAAUGCCAUAGUUGCUCUUUCACUAUCAUACAUAUGUGGCUAUCACACUAAAUUUAUGGUUUCAAUUAUUUCUGAAUUGUGCCAGUGCUGGCAAGCUUUUUCUUGCUAACAGAGGAUGAAGCACACAUAAGUUUGUAGAGGCGUGAGUUGAAGUUUAAGUCUCAGAGUUUGCAACAGAUAUAUAGAAACUCAUCCUUACUUGGUUUACUCUGACCAACAUCAUGCUUCUAGGCUUUGUGUUUGUGUUUCAUUGUCGAUCUGUGCCCUAGCUUUCAUACCUUCCCAUCAUUUGCAGCAAUCUACAACUUUUGCAACAGACUUUAAUAAGACAAUAGGUAACAAGGGACUGACCAUGCAUGACAAGGGUUGAAUAUUAUUGAUGUUUCUGUGGUUUAUGGGGAUGAUAAGGCCAGAAAGAUCAAAAAAGGGUGAGGCUGUGCUGGUUACCACAUCAAUUCUUUGUUGAAAAAAGUUAGAUGGGAAAAAUUUCCCUUUGUUGAAAUUAAAAAUGGAUUUUCUCUGUCACAAAACAUUCCCCUUUUCAGUCAGUUUUUUGUUUGCUGUUGGUGCAUGGGAACACCAUGUUGUUGUCACAUUUUGAAGCAAUGUUGAAUGUCAUCAUGGAUGGCUUAGAGGGCCUCCUUGAUACAGCACAUAAUCAAGUUGUUCUUUUCUUACUGAAAAGAUGUACAGCAAUGUGGAAUGUAUUUGUUAAAUAGUUAACAAUUAUUUAAAUAUCAGGAGUUACUGAAUUGUAGUGGACCAUACAAUGGUCUGUCUUGGACUCCUUGAGUUUAAAGGGAUGAGGCUCAUACAACCAUACAAUUCUUAUAAUGUUAGUUUGGAUAACUUAGUAGUGGAUCAACUAAUUAUCCCUAAAUUAAUAUUUUCCUUUGUUCUCAUUGCUUGUCUGAUUGAUAUUGUAUUGAUACUGUAAAGAGAAAUUCUGUCUUGGUCACUCAUGGGAGUUAAAGGGUUAAAGACACUGUAGUGAAUAAUUGUCCUAGUAUCUACAACAGUUCUUUCAGGGGGUUAAACAUAAAUAACAAGAUGCAGCAAACGUUUUGUUUUUAACCUUUUUUUUUAACUGAUAGUUAACUUAAAUUGAGCUUUUUGCCUUUUAAUGGGAGAUAAUGAUAUCUAUUAUGAUAGAUGUAUUUCCUCUUUCUAAGCCAAAUGACUUGUGUAAGGUGCCAUUUUGUUUCACUGCUCUAAGUUGAAAAGUUUUUUCCUUGUCACCUCUGACCUAGUUUAUCAGAAAAUUUUUUUUCAUUGAAAACUAAAUCAAAUUUUUAGCUUAAAAAUGUGACCUCUUAUUAGUGUGCAAAUCUUAAUAUAAUAUAAUAAUAUAAUAUAAUAAUAUUUUGCCCAUUGUGCAACAUAAUACUAUUUUAACAUAUUCAUUCACCUUUUACAUCCUAACAUCUGUAUGAACAUUUGCUUACUGUUUCCUCUUUCCUCUACAUUUCCCAUGAUACUAAAGCAAGAAUUCUUUCAAUGAUUAAAGCCUCCAAGGUUGGGGAUAAUUUCCAUUAUUUUUAUGAUUUUAACAAAUGAUUAAGCAGUUAUAACUAAAGCAAAAUUAGAUGCUAAGGACUCCUAGAGUUUAAAGGGAUAAGGCUCAUUUUGUAAUAUGCAUAUGCUAAAGGAAGCAAUCAUUCAGAUCACUGAAUAAACUGAAAAUAUGAAAACACAAGUGCUCAGUUGUUGAAAUUAGUUUGCAGAGUACAAAUCUAGGACCCGCUAUGGGUAUCAGGUGUCUUCAACAAGAAAAGAGAAGAGGAAAACAGACUAUUUUCAGUUUCUCAUCAUUUAGGACAAAAAAUAUUGUGACAAAAAGCUAAAGAAGCCAAUAAAAAGAGAAAAAGAUUGGGCAAGUUGUGUUAAUUUGUCACAAAAAGAUGAAAUACCAUUCAUGAAUGAAAAUAAGUCUUCUUUUUGCUUUGUUGAAAUUCUUUCUCUGGUAACUAGAAAGGAGGAAAGGACAGAUUUGUUUGAAGUUAUGGCUUUAGCUUUUCCCUUUUCUGCCAGUUCACUCUCUAAUUGCAUAUUACCUGAGAAUAAAAGUUAACUGGUAUGCAGGAAGUUGGUAAUUUCAAUGAUAUGAGGGUUUUGUAACUAUGAGUUUAUUUGCAAUUGAAUAACAAAACACAUAUUCUACAUUGAGAGAAACUUUAAUGAGGGAUUAUUUCAUUUGGGAAGCUCAAAACUGUUACAAAGUCCAUACGAUUCACAACUCAAAUAUGUCUUACAUGUUGAGCGUAAAAUACAUUUGGUUGUCAUCUUUUCGUAAGCAACAAGCAAAAGAAUGGUCAUUACGAUUUGCCAAUUUUCAUUUUCCUUUUUUCGCACAAAAUUACUUCUUUUCCACAUAGUAACAAACCCUAUUUCCUCUAAUCUAAAAUACAUUUCAGUCGCAUUUCUUAUCAUGUCAAUUGAAGAAUCCGCUGUACAGAUGGUAUAUAGCAGUUGCCUGUGAUAUUUCAGGUAUUUCAGAUAUUUUAUUUUCUGUGGGUGCGUGGCCUAAACACUCGACUUCGGCGAACGCUCCUACAGCCGUCUAAUUUACCCUCAAAAUUUACUGAAAUUGCGGAUUUGACUGCCUGUCAAAUCGACGAUAUGCGUCCCUCCUGGACCCUGGUUGAUGCUGAUGUUGUUCUUGUUGUUGUUCUUUUUGUGCCAGUUUCUUGUGAACUGUGACUGAAAUGGAAGUACUUUACAACAUAAUCCAUAUUUUUUUUUUCUAGUUGCCCUUGAAGAGUUUGGCUUUUAAUUACCUGAGUACUCCUGACAAAGACAGUGGCCUGAGCUGCCUCCAGUCAGCCUGCAUAAGGGGAGACGUCGAUACAGUUAGUGCAAUCUUGAAUUAUAGUCCAGAUAAACUUGACAGUGCUAUUGCGUUUAGCAUUAAGAUUGGCUGGAAUGCGUCACGCUACGCUGGCAAAUCCAUUUACACCGUUUUAAGACAGCGUGACUCGAAAGAGCAUCGACAGAUCAGCGAGUUCGUGGAAAAAGUUACCAAGCAUUUCCAAGGCCAAUCACUUUUACAUUUGGCUGCUAAAAGGGGACAAGUUGAGCAUGUAAGAAGAGUGCUUGACUGUGGGGAGGAUGUCAAUUUUAGGAUGCCUGACUAUCUCGCUCUCAAAGAAACACCCCUUAUGUUGGCAGCCAGGUUUAACGUGGUAGAUGUUGUAGAGUUCCUUGUUGAAAGAGGAGCAUCAUUAGAAUACGAAGAUGAUAUGGGUUUCACUGCAUUACAUCACGCUGCGAUGGGCGGUAAAUCAGAAAAUAUACUACGAUUAAUUGAGUUCGGAUGUAAUGCUUCCAAGGUAAAUCAUCAUAAGUCUUCAGCAAUUCACCUAGCGGCUGAAAACGGUCACACAGAGGCUGUCCGUCUUCUUUUGGAGCAUGGUGCUUCUGUAAAGAAAGCCAAUUGCUUUUGUAUGACUCCUCUUACGUUAGCAUUACAAAAUGGCCACCUUGAGACCAUCCAGUUGCUGCUGAAAAAUGGUUGUGAUUUCAGUGUUGUUAGCGAUGAGGCAGGAAGGCUUCCCAUUCACUAUGCCGUUGAAGGUGGACACGUAGAUGUAGUUAAACUCGUUCUUCAAAGCAAUCCCAGUGUAUUAAGUAAGACAAAUGAAGGGGAAACAGUUCUUCACCUGGCAACCAGCCUUGAAGUAGUUCGUCUUCUUGUGGAGCAAGGAGCUGACAUUCACGCAAGAAAUUACUAUUCCAAAACCGUAUUACAUGCAGCUGCUGAAAAGGGCCAAUCUGACACAAUAACCUAUCUUUUAGAUCAAGGUGUCGAUAUCAAUGCACGUGACGAUGCUGGUCACUCUCCUUUGUUUGACGCUGUCUACAGUGAGCGUGGGGAUGCUGCAAAAGUUUUGAUCAGCAGAGAUUGCGAUUUAAAAGUUAGAUCCACAAACGAAGGUUUCCCAGAUGGUUACCGGGAGGAUGAUGUGUUCAUGGAGGUUGCCGCAACAGGGCUGACAGAUGUAUUGCAACUUCUUGUGGAAAAAGGAUUCUCUGCCAUUGAUGAAGCAAAUAGAUAUGGUGACACACCCUUGUCUGUAGCAGCUGCUGGUGGCCACUACGACGCAGUGGUUUUCCUGUUAGAUAAAGGAGCUAACAUAAAUGGCGGCACUGCAGCACAACUUGAAAACUCAACAGAAAUUAAAAGUGACAAUAGUGACGAUGAGGGUGAAGAUGACGAAGAAGGUGAGAUAGAUAAAUACUGGUAUUGUCCAGAGGAGUGCAUUUCGCCAUUGUAUCGCGCCUUGUAUGCGGGUCAAAUCGAAGUAGCAAAGCUUCUGAUCAAACGUGGUGCUAACACGUCCGCUUGUUGGAGAGACAGCGUUGAUCUUGACUAUCUUGCUGACCUUGCUGCCAAAGAUGCAGAUCUCGCUCAACUGCUUUCUGAUAGCGGCGUUACCUUUGACAAGUCGGAAAUUGACGAAACUCCACUAACAAUGGCCCUCUCAAUAGAAGAAUACCAUUCUAUUACUCAUCUUUUGGAGAGAGGUGAGGAUGUCAAUGCUAGGAAUGUAAGAGGGGAUACUGCGCUUUCUAUCCUUCUUCAGUACGCAGAACCUACUCGUGCGAUGGAAAUUGUGAAGCUCCUUAUUAAGUACGGUGCUGACAUCAACAUCAAGAAUGGCAGGUCUGAAACGCCCCUUCAGAUAGCUUGUUCUGCGAAUUUAGAUAAAGUAGCUGAGCUUUUUCUGGAACAUGGUUGUGAAGCAAAUGUUCAUGGUGCUAACUUGAAUUUUUCUCCACUUCAUCAUGCGGCUCAGCGCAAUAAUAGUCGACUUGUUAGGACAUUGCUUCAGUACGGUGCGUGUUCCAAAGAGAAAUCUAACAGAGACAAACGGACGCCCUUACAUGCAGCCGUAAGUUCAAAUAGUUUGGAUGCUGCCAAACUGUUGUUGGAACACGGUGUGGAUUUGGAGGCAAAAGACUCGUCGGGUUGUACAGUCCUAUUUGAAGCAGUAGGUCAUGGCUGUUUACCCAUGAUCGAGCUUUUAUUACAUCAUGGAAGUAAUGUCCAUACAAUGGACAAACACGGCAAGUCUCUUCUUUUUCAUGCUCUAGAAAGUAUGCGGUUCUUGGAUCCAGAAACUGUAGAACUGACCAACAUUAUCAGAAUCCUUUUGGAUCGUGGUUGCAGCGUUAAGUCUACUGAUGAGUAUGGAAGAUCUCCUCUUUAUUAUUUACCACAAAUGGCCACGAGGGAAAUAUGUGAGCUUCUAGUGAACCAUGGAGCUGAAUUAAAUUUACGAGAUAUAAACGGAGAGACUCAGUUACAUUUUGCUGCGAAAGAUGGUAACACAGCUGUGAUCGAGUGGCUCCUUGAACAAGAAGCAGACGUGACAUCCCUGGACAAGGAAGAUCGGACGCCUCUUCAUGCUGCUGCUUACGAAGGUCACGCAAGUUCUGUUGAGUUAUUGAUUGGGCGUGGAGCAGAUGUUAACUCAGCUGACAAGAGGGGUUGGACGCCCUUGCAUUUUGCUGCUGCGGGAGGUCAACUUGGCAGUGGUGAAAGUUUGGUGCAGAAUGGAAGUGACGUUGCUGCUGUAGACAAGAAAGGAAGAACUGCUCUCUUUCUAGCAGCAAAGUACGGUUGCAGAGAGAUCGUCGAAUUUCUUAUUCGUCAUGAAGGCGACGUGAAUUCUACACCUCUUAAUGGGCAAACAAUUUUGGGAGCAACAGAGGAAAGUAAUUUCUUGGACAAGGUCUUAAUAGAAGUGUUCCUUGAGAGUGGUUGCGACCUGCAUGCUGUUGAUAAGGUAACCGGUCGAACAGUUUUACAUUUUGCUGCAACAUCGGGGAAUGUCACUUCUUUGAAUCGUAUUUUGGAUCAAGGACUAGACUUAAAAGCAAAGGACAAGAAUGGGGACACUGCUCUUCACAGGGCGGCAGCAAGAGGUACCCUAGAGAUUGUGCAACGACUUAUUGAGAGGGGCGCAGAUAUCAUGGCGGUUAACAAUAAAGGGCAGACCCCUUUUCUAAUUGCUGUUGCCGUCGGCUUUAAGAAAGUAGCCGAAGUUCUGUUGAAGCAAGGAAGCAACGUUCAGGUAGCGGAUAUAGAUGGAAACACACCAUUACAUUUCGCCAUAAACUUGCCAAGACUUCUUAAGCGAAUUAUAAAGAACGGCGGAGAUGUUAAUGCCGUGAAUGUAAACGGUUGCACUCCCCUUCAUCGUGCUGCUUUUUCAGAAAACUUGUCUCCAGUGGAUACCAUGAAGCUUCUGUUGAAAGCGGGUGCUGAUAUUCAUCGCAGAGAUAACCAAGGGAACACACCUUUACAUAUUGCUGUGACAGGCUACAGAAUAGAAAAAGUUGUCGACGUGUUUAUUGAAUACGGUGGCGACUUCAACGCUUCCAAUCUGCGGGGAAGGACAUGUUUACACUUUAUGAGUACUUUCAGUUUCUGCAGUGCUAAUUGUAUUGAAAAAGUCCUAAAGCAUGGAAGUCAAGUAAACGCUGUUGAUGAGCUCGGUAAUACCCCCCUGCAUCUGGCAGUACAAGCGAAUAACCUGGUUAUAACAAAAGGCUUGUUGAAGCAUGGGGCUGAUCCUGGAGCCGUGGAUUAUAAAGGAAGCACACCUUUGCACGUGGGUUGCUUUUCAGGGAGCAGUAAAGCUGUUUCAGUUGUUACUGAUUACAAAAGGUAUGCCGCCGGUUUUGAAUUGUUCGAUUUUAAAAUAUUUUCGUUUUGGGUCUUUUGAAGUGACACGGUUUAAUACAGUAUUUUUUUUCCAAUACCAUGGCUCUUUUGUAUCAUAUUGGAUAAGUCCUGCUCUUCCAGGUCAUAUCGUUUACUUAGCGGAAGGAGCACCAGUGCGUGAGCGAAAGAUAAAAGGUUACGAUUUAAACUUACGUGAUCUUAAGUUGAGUGAAGUGCCAUUCGGGAGCGUUUAGUUAUUUUAAAUCUGAAGAUUUUAUUUUAUCCUCCUUUCUAAAAAUUUUGUUUACAGCAAUCUUGAGGCUAAAGACGACAAAGGAUGCACUCCGCUUCACAUUUGCACAGUGUUUAAUCGCCAACACUGUGCGCUUCAACUGGUUAGAAAAGGAGCUGAUCUAGAUGCCAGAGACAGUGAAGGAAGCACUCCCCUCCAUCUGGCUUCUGCCUUCAGUGACGUGUCCGUGGUUUGUAUGCUUCUGGAGCACGGAGCGAGUGUUAAUUCAAAGGAUUCUGAAGGCGGCAUUCCCUUACACACUGCUGCGGCACUUGGCAAGGCCGAAAUCGUGCAGGUCUUGAUUGAUGCUGGUAGUGAUGUCAAUGCGUCCGAUGCUGGUGACGAUACACCGCUGCAUGUGUCUGCAGGCUCUGGUCACAAGGAGGUAGUCUGCUUAUUGCUGGAUAAUGGAGCAGAUUUUAAUGCAGUGGAUAAAGAAGGCCGAAUACCUGCUGAAUGUGCUAAAUUGUUUGGUCAUGAUAAUUUGCAGCAGUGCCUCGAAAAGAAACACACUCAACAUGUUCAAAGCGUGUGUUAAAUUUGCAUGUAGUGGCUAAAUACAGCGUAUACCCGCGGCUGUGGACAAAGAAACCCGGACACCUGCUGUAUAUAACAAAUGAUGUUGUCACGAAGAGUUGGAGCAGUGCGCAAAGCCCGUGAUACCAUGUUACUAAAUCGAGUUUUGUUUUUUUUUAUCUGAAGAACACCCUCUAGUUUUAAGAACGUCAUGAAUAUAUAAACUUAUUGUAAAUAUUAUCAAUAAUAUGGAACCAACAUAAUGACCAGCUCCCAGUUGGCUCGUCAGCUCAGUUGGUAGAGCGCUGCACCGGCAUCACAAAAAGUCAUGGGUUCAAAUCCCGAACAUGCCUGAGUUUUUUUUCAGGCCUUAUUUUCACCACUGUUUAAGUAGUGUUCAUUAUUUCGAGGAUCGCUUUCAUAUUCAAUAUUGGAGUGUGUUUGUUUAAAAAUCUUUUCCCGUCUUGUAACGAACGUGGGACAAAGAAAAAAUUCUGAGUUCCCGUAAGGAAUCAAACCCCGUCGUUCAGACCUCUACCACUGAGCCACAGGGACUCUACAGUGGGCUAGGCCAGUAUGAGGUCCUUAAGAAACAGACUCUUUGCUUACUGCUAGGAUCUGCAAUAUCGAAGGCGUCUUGAGUGUACCUAGAAUGAGAUGGUAGGUUUUGGGCUCGGUAGCGAAAUUUAAAACAGUUUAUCUUUAUUUACAUCUUUCUCUUUCUUUUGUCCCACGUUCGUGACAAGACGAAAAAAAAAAACCUUCCUUAAUUCCACUACCGUGCUCAGAAUCUGCCAUCAUUCUGGACAACCUUUUUAAGGAAAUGUCUUUAAGUGACUUGGUGUCAUGAGCUAAACGUCCAGCAUUUUAAAGAACAUUUUUAAUUAGUCAUGUUAGGGUGAAAAUUAUUACUUGAAGCGCUCGUGUAGCUUACUGAAGCGAGAUUUUAGUUUUAUAAAUCAACGAUGGAUGAAGCAUUUGGCAUAUCUCAUAAAUUAGGUUGUUACAAACAGUAGUAUAUAAGAGAAUGUAACAUUUCUUGUCUGUUUGUGUGGUUUAACGUUUCCUUUGCCUCAGGUUACCCUUUCAUGUGAUUUCAAAGAAAUUAAAGACGAUCAAAGCUGCAUAUUUAGAUGCCGUAUUCAUGACCUGAAAGAAAGGUACCAAAUUCGCUAAGCGAGAAUUUAUAAAACAAAUGGACAUCAAGCAGAUUGUCCUCAGUUGGGAUGGAGAGUAUUUCGUCGCUUUGUUUUAGCCGCAACAACCGAGUUAUCGGACUAAACGUUUAGGUUUUCCGAGUUGAAAUACCAACAAUAUUGUCAGUCCAGUGUUUUCUUGUACUUCGACAGUCUCGGGUUCAACAGCUCGAUUGUGCUUUUAAAUAGCCAAGUGGUUUCCAUUUGAUUAAACCAAAUCAUCUUAUCAUGCCCCUCUUUAGAAACUUAUCUCUCCUUAUUCCUCUGUAGGUUGAUAGGUUUGUUGAUCCAAUGUUUGCUAAAUAAAUGCACUGAUAAGGAUAGAUGUUUUUGUCUUGUUACAAUGUGUUGAGGUUGUUACAUGGAUUUACAAGUCAACCAUGUCUGGAUGUGUAAGCGUUCAAGUAACCGGCCCAAAGAAAAAGUUCCUAGCACAUGUGCAUUGUUGUAUAAAUGGAUUACUGUUAUUUGAAUACAAUACCUGAUUCAGUCGAGUUCGGGGAAACAUUUCACUAUUUUACUAACUCUACUUCUACUUUUGAAAAAGAAUUACUACCGAUGCGUAGAUUACUUUUGUUUUGUUUGUGUGUUUUUUUAAAACAUAUUUUGUGGAUGAAAAUUCGAAGAUUUCGCGGCC